CAUCUUGCUAUCUAUACUACUCUACUUUGCAAGCUUUUUGGUCUGAAUUUAAACGUGAUUCUUUGUUAGAAACAAUAACUUGUUAUAAAAAUAAUCACUUUGUUCAUAUCAAAUAAAUGGAAACUUAACAUUAUAACCCUAUCUCUAACAAGCUGUAUUCUUCCAUAACCAAUAUCAUUGAAUCAACAACAAAAAGAAAAAGAAAACCGGCUACAAGGAAGGGUUUGUCUGAACUCUGAAACACGACAGGAUCUGUGUAAUACCAGAAUUCAGAAAACCAAACCUUUAUUAUUAUUAUUAAUGAUAUAUUGAAACACAGUUAACUCUUUUCCACAAUGGGAAUCCUCCCAUAUGUUCUGUUUUCUUGUUUUGUUUGAUCCCUAACUGAAAAACCAUGCACAUAUGUCCCAAAACUGUGAAAGAAAAUUACCUGUAUGAUUUUUUGUUUUUUUUGCACUUUGGGUAUUUGAUUUUUGGUGUUUGAAGGGAGAAGGGAAAAAAAAGGGUUUGUUUUGAGGGGUGUUUUGCAAGACGGGGCAUGGAUUCCAAGAUUGAAAUCAAGGUGACCAAUCCAAAGAACGGAGAUAAGGUAGUGCAUUCGGUGAGACCAGGUCGUGCCACGUCACCGUCACCAUCGUCACAGCCAUCUCAGUCGUCUGACGGGCGGCGUAGGCGGCAGGGACAAGGGUACGGGCAUGGAGAGGGAGAGGGGCAAAGGAACAGGGGCAGGGAAGGGCAGCAAGCAGGGCGGUUGAUUGAUUUCAUGCCGUUUAAAAAAUGGGUGCCUUGGAUGAUUCCAGGCUUUGUUUUGGUUAAUAUUUUCCUUUUCAUGAUAACAAUGUACAUUAAUAAUUGUCCCAAGAACUCGAAGAAAUGUGUGGGGAGCUUCCUGGGCAGGUUCUCGUUUCAGCCUUUCAAAGAGAAUCCCCUACUUGGCCCUUCUUCUUCUACAUUAGAGAAAAUGGGUGCUCUUGAAGUGUCUAAAGUUGUCAAAAGUCGUCAAGCAUGGCGCAUGAUUUCUUGUAUAUGGUUGCAUGCUGGUGUUUUCCACAUACUUGCAAACAUGUUGAGUCUUUUAUUCAUUGGAAUUCGGCUCGAGCAGGAAUUCGGAUUUGUGAGAAUCGGGAUGCUUUAUCUGAUCGCUGGUUUCGGUGGGAGUAUACUGUCAUCUCUUUUUAUUCAGACCGGUAUAUCGGUUGGUGCCUCUGGUGCACUUUUUGGUUUACUAGGAAGCAUGCUUUCAGAACUAAUCACAAACUGGACAAUAUAUUCAAAUAAGUUUGCAGCGUUGUUAACUCUUGUUUUGGUUAUCGUAAUAAAUCUAGCUAUGGGAAUCCUCCCACACGUGGAUAACUUUGCUCACAUCGGAGGAUUUAUCUCCGGCUUCCUCCUCGGUUUCGUGUUCCUAAUCCGUCCCCAGUUUGGAUAUGUUAGUCAGAAAGAGGUUCCUCCAGGAUACAUUGCACCUUCUCGUAAACCUAAACAUAAGACAUACCAGUACGUCUUGUGGGUCUGUUCUCUGAUACUAUUGAUUGCAGGAUUCGCCAUUGGCCUAAUACUUCUCCUUCGAGGGGUUAACUUGAAUGAACACUGUUCUUGGUGUCAUUAUAUGAGUUGUAUCCCGACGCCAUUGUGGAGCUGCAAAAACCGACAAGUGUAUUGUCAGUCGACCGAGUUCGGGAAAUCGUUGAACUUGACAUGCAUAAGCAAUGGGAAAAGCGAAAUCUAUCCGUUAACAGAGGAAAGCACUUCCCAAGUUCAACAGCUAUGUUCUAAGCUCUGUGGUUGAUGCAUGACCAUGUAUAGGAGAAAGAUUUUUCCAAUUUUUUUUUAAAUUUUCUUAAUUUCGAGUACUCCAUUAAUGGAAUCUUUUUAUUUAUAAA